CUGGCCUGGUCUCGUGACAUUGGUCAGAAAGUCACGAGUAUAGGCUGAGCCUGCAGCUGCAGUUGCAGUAUGGCCUCGGAGAGGGACGUACGUGCACAGCUGCAGCACGCGGGCCAGGAUCACCUCUUACGCUUCUGGGCGGACCUGGCUCCAGAGCCUCGAGCCGCGCUGUUAGCCGAGCUCGCCUCCUUGGAGGCGGACGCGCUGCGGGAGCACUGCCAGCGCGCCUCCGCCGCCGGCGCGCUAGUCCCGGGUCCUCUGCCGGACCUGGCGGCGCGCCUGCAGCCCCUGCCCCCAGAACGCGUGGGCAGCGCAAUCCGUUGCGACCAAGAGACACGCUUGCGGUGGGAAGAGGAAGGUUUCCGACAGAUUGCUCUGAACAAGGUGGCUGUCCUGCUGCUGGCCGGUGGGCAGGGCACUCGCCUGGGUGUCACCUACCCCAAGGGCAUGUAUCAAGUUGGGCUGCCCAGCCAGAAGACCCUGUACCAACUGCAAGCAGAGCGUAUCCGGCGUGUUCAACAGUUGGCUGACCAGCGACUGGGAACCCAUUGCACCGUGCCCUGGUACAUCAUGACCAGUGAGUUUACCCUGGGACCCACAAUCAAGUUCUUCAAGGAGCAUGACUUCUUCCACCUAGACCCCACUAAUGUGGUGCUGUUUGAGCAGCGUAUGCUGCCUGCUGUGACCUUUGAGGGCAAGGCCAUCCUGGAACGGAAAGACAAAGUUGCCAUGGCCCCAGACGGCAACGGGGGCUUGUACUGUGCACUGGCAGACCAUCAGAUCCUGGAGGACAUGAAGCAGCGGGGUGUGGAGUUUGUGCAUGUGUACUGUGUGGACAACAUCUUGGUGCGGCUGGCUGACCCAGUCUUCAUUGGCUUCUGUGUGCUUCGGGGAGCAGACUGUGGUGCCAAGGUGGUGGAGAAAGCGUACCCUGAGGAGCCAGUGGGUGUGGUGUGUCAGGUGGACGGUGUCCCCCAGGUGGUGGAAUACAGCGAGAUCAGCCCUGAGAUUGCUAGGCAGCGUGGUGCUGAUGGGAGCUUGCUCUACAACACAGGCAAUAUCUGCAACCAUUUUUUCACCAGAGGCUUCUUGGAUAUGGUCACCAGGGAGUUUGAGCCCUUGCUGAAGCUUCAUGUGGCCGUGAAGAAGGUCCCAUACGUGGAUGAGGAGGGAAAUCUGGUAAAGCCGCUAAGACCGAAUGGGAUAAAGAUGGAGAAGUUUGUGUUUGAUGUGUUCCAGUUUGCUAAGAACUUUGUGGCCUUUGAAGUAUGUCGGGAGGAGGAGUUCUCCCCUCUGAAGAAUGCUGACACAGCUGACAGGGACAACCCCUCCACCUCCAGGCGAGCCUUGCUGGCUCAGCACUACCGCUGGGCUCUGCAGGCCGGAGCCCACUUCCUGGAUGUACACGGGGUCCAGCUUCCAGAACAGUCUGGCUUGCUCCCAAAUGGAGACCCUCCAGCUGUCUGUGAGAUAUCGCCCUUGGUGUCUUACUCUGGAGAGGGGUUGGAAAUGUACCUGCAAGGCAGAAAACUCCAGUCUCCAUUCAUUCUGGAUGAGGACCAAGCCAUGCUGCUGCAGCCACAGGAGUGCUAACCUGCUUGUUCCCGGGCUCUCUGGCCGUGGGGUUCUAUAGGGUGGUGAUACAGCUCUGAGUGGGGUUCUGAGUGGAUAUGCUAGCCUGCAGGACGCCAAAGCAAGUGUGCUAGUUGACUUUGAAAGGUUGGGACCUCUUGGAGUUCCCCCCAACCCCCCCGUGGACUCUGGUUGUUUGUGUGUGUGGUUUUUGUUUGUUUUGUUUUUGCCUCCUUGCUGGCUCUGGGGCUUGGCUGAGAGGCAGGGGCUUAAGUUUGGAAAACGGGGCCAGAAGAGGCUUCAGGGUCGGGGCAGGGGGUUGUCUAAGAAGUCACGUGAGAUGCCUUUCUAGCAUGUGCCCUCCCAGUGCACAGGCCAGCCUCAUGCUCAGCAGACAGUGAGCUGUGUCUUAUGGGGGUGUAGACAGCAGUACCCCUAGACAGCAGAAUCCUAACUGGAGUAAGGCUGAGCAUGACAGGAUCAGAAGCCUGAUGCCAGUGGUUAAGACUGGGCUGAAGAACUCUGAUCCGAAUACCUGAGAUGAAAGAUGAAGUCUCCUGCCUUCCUAGACCUCUCCCACAGCCUGAGUCUCCUAGUCAUACCUGCAAGUGGGCCUGGCUUCUGUGUCCUGAGUCAUGUUCUCCAAGAAUGAGAGAUCACACUGUUGCCUUCUGCAACUGAUUUUGACCCAGACAGGAGCACACCUCAUUUUGGUAAGUUUCUUUUCCCAGAGCUUCGAGGGGAAGCUCUGGGAUGGAGAUGUAGCUGCCUGUGUAAAGUAGUGCUUGGCUGUGCUGCCCAGCCUUGUUCUCGCACUGACUGUACCUCCUCUAAUUCACGGCUGUUUUCCCAUGCAACAAAAUGACGACACCGGGCUUUCCCCUGUAAUGUAAUAGUGGUCAGGACAGGCAGCCUGCUCUGCAGCCACCUACCCCAAGAUGUACGGGCUCCUCUCGUUCCCAUUGGCCUUCCCAGAGGGUCAGUGGGAGGAGUGCAUUCACCUUUUGGUGUUGAAGCAGAGGGAAGAUCAGGCCUGCAACCGCCAUUGUUGGACCAGCAUGUAGAAGUCAAGCUGAGGUUUUGCUGGGCUCUUGUGGUCGUCUUGCUGUAGACCUCAGAAGCAAAUGGUGUAUCUUGGCACCUUCUCUUAUUGUUCCACAGGCAAGCCAGGGCCCCUGGGGCAGGCGAGAUCAAACGGAUGGAGAUAAAACCCCUAGUCUCCUCUUGAGUAAGCAGUCAGUUGAGUAGAUUCUGGAAAGGACUAAAAAAUUUCAAAGAAACCUCCAUGUUCUCCACCCUUUUCCUUGGUGAUUGUAUCUUACACGAUACCAGACUGGGGGUGACAGAGGUGUGGUGUUUCAAGAUAUAUGAAUGUAUUAGCGUACCCCGCAUUCAAUCGGGAUGAAUAAUUGUCCCCUCAGCAUUGAGCUCUCCUUUAGGCUACCUCUCCACAGUCACACCCCACCAUUCCUAGCCUGUAUUAUCCUAAAAAGACUACUGACUUUUAGAA